CGAGUCACAUGUUGUUUUGCUCUUCUUAGUUCAGUCACUCGGUGCGCGAUGUGUUACUCACUGUGCGGCGGGGACCGCGACGAGCUCGGGUCGCGGUUGGCAGCAGCAAUAGCAGCCCCGGCGGCGGCGCGGACCCCGAGUGCCCGGGCGCACCCCGGCUUCCUGGAGCGCGGCGCAGCGACUGCAAAGGUGCGGCCGCGCGCGCCUUAGGCUCGGCCCCGCGACUSGGGGAUCCCGACUCUCAGCCCAGCCAGCGAGUCCCCAGGCGCCGCCCGAGAGCCCAGGAGGCAGCGGCCGCGGGCAGCCGGGCCGGGGGGCGGCCACCGCCCGCACCAGGCAUCCUCCGGAGCCUCGGAGGGCGCUGCGCCACCGGAACGUGCGGGCCUCCACGGACCUUCUCCUCUCCUGGGUCGGUGGGACGCGUGUUCCGGCGGGCGGCGGGGCGAACGGGUGGCAGGGAGCCGCCCCCGCCCGCGCCCCUCCGCCCUCCUCCAGACCCUCCACGCCGGGCUGGGCUGCGCGGCCUGAAGAGCCGGCGAUGGCGAGUCCGCCGCUGCAUGGAUCCCCCGGGCCGGCGGGCGGCGACGGCCCCAACCUCAACAACAACAACAACAACAACAACCACAGCGUGCGCAAGUGCGGCUACCUGCGCAAGCAGAAGCACGGCCACAAGCGUUUCUUCGUGCUGCGCGGGCCCGGCGCAGCUGGCGACGAGGCGACAGCGACUGCGGGCGGGGGGUCGGCGCCGCAGCCUCCGCGGCUCGAGUACUACGAGAGCGAGAAGAAGUGGCGGAGCAAGGCAGGCGCCCCGAAGCGAGUGAUCGCGCUCGACUGCUGCCUGAACAUCAACAAGCGCGCGGACGCCAAGCACAAGUUCCUGAUCGCCCUCUACACCAAGGACGAGUAUUUUGCUGUGGCGGCCGAGAACGAGCAGGAGCAGGAGGGCUGGUACCGCGCGCUCACGGACCUGGUCAGCGAGGGCCGCGCGAGCGCCGGGGACCCGGCCCCCGCCGCCUCGGCCCCCGCGGCGUCCUGCAGCGCCUCCCUGCCCGGCGCCCUGGGCGGCUCGGCCGGCGCCGCGGCCGAUGACAGCUAUGGGCUCGUGGCGCCCGCCACGAGCGCCUACCGCGAGGUGUGGCAGGUGAACCUGAAGCCCAAGGGCCUGGGCCAGAGCAAGAACCUGACGGGCGUGUACCGCCUGUGCCUGUCGGCGCGCACCAUAGGCUUCGUGAAGCUCAAUUGCGAGCAGCCGUCGGUGACGCUGCAGCUCAUGAACAUCCGCCGCUGCGGCCAUUCGGACAGCUUCUUCUUUAUAGAGGUUGGCCGCUCGGCCGUCACGGGCCCCGGAGAGCUGUGGAUGCAGGCCGACGACUCGGUGGUGGCGCAGAAUAUCCACGAGACCAUUCUGGAGGCCAUGAAGGCGCUCAAGGAGCUCUUCGAGUUCCGGCCGCGCAGCAAGAGCCAGUCGUCCGGGUCGUCCGCCACGCACCCUAUCAGCGUCCCCGGCGCGCGCCGCCACCAUCACCUGGUCAACUUACCCCCUAGUCAGACAGGCCUGGUGCGCCGCUCGCGCACCGACAGCCUGGCCGCCACUCCGCCGGCCACCAAGUGUAGCUCUUGCCGGGUUCGCACUGCCAGUGAGGGCGACGGCGGCGCUGCAGCCGGGACUGUGGCGGCGGCCGGCAGGCCUGUGUCCGUAGCCGGGAGCCCCCUGAGCCCUGGGCCCGUGCGCGCGCCCCUGAGCCGCUCGCACACCCUGAGUGGCGGCUGCGGUGGCCGCGGGAGCAAAGUGACACUGGCACCGGCAGGGGGCGCCCUGCAACACAGCCGCUCCAUGUCCAUGCCCGUGGCGCACUCGCCCCCUGCUGCCACCAGUCCUGGCAGCCUGUCGUCCAGCAGCGGGCACGGCUCAGGCUCCUACCCGCUGCCUCCGGGCCCGCACCCGCACCUGCCUCAUCCUUUGCACCACCCCCCAGGUCAGCGGCCCUCCAGCGGCAGUGCCUCUGCCUCAGGCUCUCCCAGUGACCCUGGCUUCAUGUCUCUGGACGAAUACGGCUCUAGCCCUGGUGACCUGAGAGCCUUCUGCAGCCACAGGAGCAACACACCGGAGUCCAUCGCGGAGACACCCCCGGCCAGGGAUGGCAGCGGGGGCGAGUUGUAUGGGUACAUGACUAUGGACAGGCCUCUGAGCCACUGUGGCCGACCGUAUCGCAGAGUCUCCGGUGAUGGGGUCCAGGACUUGGACAGAGGACUGAGAAAGAGGACUUACUCCUUGACCACACCUGCUCGGCAGCGGCCAGUGCCCCAGCCCUCCUCUGCCUCUCUGGAUGAGUACACCCUGAUGCGGGCCACCUUCUCUGGAAGCUCAGGCCGCCUCUGCCCAUCUUUCCCUACAUCCUCUCCCAAAAUGGCUUACCACCCCUAUCCAGAGGACUAUGGGGACAUAGAGAUUGGAUCCCAUAGGAGUUCCAGCAGCAAUCUGGGGGCUGAUGACGGCUACAUGCCCAUGACCCCUGGUGCGGCUCUCAUGGGCAGUGGCAGCGGCAGCUGCAAGAGCGAUGACUACAUGCCCAUGAGCCCCACCAGCGUGUCUGCCCCAAAGCAAAUCCUGCAGCCAAGAGCUGCGCCUGCAGCAGACUUGCCCCCCACCGGAGCAGCAGCGCCUCAGCCCGCCCCUGUGGCCAACAGGACCUUCCCAGUGAGCGGGAGCGGCUACAAGGCCAGCUCCCCCGCGGAAAGCUCACCCGAGGAUAGCGGGUACAUGCGCAUGUGGUGUGGCUCCAAGCUGUCCAUGGAGAAUGCCGACCCAAAGCUGCUUCCCAAUGGGGACUACCUCAACAUGUCCCCCAGCGAAGCGGGCACCGCGGGCACGCCUCCUGAUUUCUUCUCAGCAGCCUUGCAUGGCAGUGGGGAGGUGCUCAAAGGGGUCCCUGGCUACUGCUACAGUUCCUUGCCCCGCUCCUACAAGGCCCCUUAUGCCUGCAGCGGGGACAGUGACCAGUACGUGCUCAUGAGCUCCCCUGUGGGACGGAUCCUGGAAGAGGAGAGGCUGGAGCCCCAGGCCACCCCAGUAACCUCCCAGUCAGCCAGCACCUUUGGGGUUGGCGGGAGUGGCCACCCCCAGCCUCCCCAUCCAGCAGUGCCUUCACCCAUGAGGCCAAGUGGCAGCAAUUUCCUGAGCCAGCGCUGCCGGGCGGUGCGGCCCACACGCCUGUCCCUGGAGGGGCUGCAAACCCUGCCCAGUAUGCACGAGUACCCCCUGCCGCCAGAGCCCAAGAGCCCUGGAGAAUACAUCAACAUUGACUUUGGCGAGGCGGGUGCCCGCCUCUCACCACCUGCGCCUCCACUGCUGGCAUCCGCAGCCUCCUCCUCCUCGCUGCUGUCCGCCAGUAGCCCAGCUUCAUCCCUGGGCUCGGGCACCCCGGGCACCAGCAGCGACAGCCGGCAGCGCUCCCCGCUGUCCGAUUACAUGAACCUGGACUUCAGCUCUCCCAAGUCCCCCAAGCCGGGCACCCGAAGCGCGGACCCAGUGGGCUCCCUGGAUGCCCUGCUCUCGCCUGAGGCUGCUUCCCCCUACCCACCACUGCCUCCACGUCCUUCUGCCUCGCCCACCUCCCUGCAGCAGCAGCCCCCUGCACAGCCUCCUCCAGGGGAGCCCUACCAUCUGCCUCCAGCAUUGGGCACUGCCACCUCCCAAGGCCCCAGUGCUGCCUCCUCUACAUCCUCUGAGACCGGGGACAAUGGUGACUACACCGAGAUGGCCUUUGGUGUGGCUGCCACCCCGCCUCAACCCAUCGCGGCCCACCCAAAACCGGAAGGAGCCCGAGUGACCAGCCCCACCUCGGGCUUGAAGAGGCUGAGUCUCAUGGACCAGCUGUCAGGGGUGGAGGCCUUCCUGCAGGCCAGUCAGCCCCCCGACCCUCACCGAGGCGCCAAGGUCAUCCGCGCAGACCCGCAGGGGGGCCGCCGCCGCCACAGCUCCGAGACCUUCUCCUCGACCACCACGGUCACCCCGGUGUCGCCGUCCUUCGCCCAUAACCCCAAGCGCCACAGCUCAGCCUCUGUGGAAAACGUCUCUCUCAGGAAAAGUGUCGAGGGCAGUGGUGGGGGCAUCCUCGGUGGGGGCCUCGGAGCAGGUGAGGAGCCACCCACGUCCCCAGGACAGUCACAGCCAUCAYUCCCUGUGCCUCCGACCCCGCAGGUGCGGCCGUGGGCCCCGGGCCAGCCUGGGGGCUUGGUGGGCUGUCCUGGGGCCAGUGGUUCUCCUAUGCGAAGAGAGACCUCGGCGGGUUUCCAGAAUGGCCUCAACUACAUCGCCAUUGACGUGAGAGAUGAUCCAGGGCUGUCCCCCCAGAUGCAGCAUCCGCAGCCAGGAGACAAGAGCUGGGGCCGGACCCGUAGCCUCGGGGGUCUCCUCAGUGCCGUGGGGGGCAGUGGCACCAGCGGGGUGUGUGGGGGCCCGGGCCCUGGUGCCCUGCCUUCGGCCAACACCUACGCCAGCAUCGACUUCUUGUCCCGUCACUUGAAGGAGGCCACCAUCGUGAAAGAAUGAAGCGCCCUCCGGCUGCACCGCCCGGAGGUCGACAGCGGAGAUUUCAGCCUAUUUCCCACCGAAGCUGGAAGCUGCAUGCGACGUCUGUCGGAUCUGGGCCAUUGCACGUGGAGACCUCUGAACUGGACAGGAACCAACCAGGCCCAAGCGCCUGCCUGUCUCGCUUGUCCCGGCCGGGGCCUGCAUCAUUGUGCAGUGUGUGUUGUAUUUUGUUUUAUUUUAUGACUUAAAUUAGCCGAAGAAGUUAUUCUGGAGCAAAUUGGAUGUUUUUAUUGGCCUUCUUAAAUCGUAGCCGGUGUCUUCAUUUCUUCUUACUUUUAUUUUGGCAAAGCAGAUCUAUCCCUCAGCAUGCUAGGAGAUGCUACCAUACCCACCGAAGUGGUAAAAUCUGGUAUUUACUGGCUUACACUCAGCUCUACCACAGUCCUACCUCAGUCCAAGGUAACGCCGGAUCACGUGGUCGGGGUGCAGAGGCUUCCUGCACGUCCACCCCAGGGCUCGAGCGUGGCCUUGGCCUCGCCGACCUGCCCGAGUGGACACAGGUUCCAGUCCAGGUACCUGCGAUGUUGACUGGUGCACGGAGCCCAGCGUGGGACUGACAGUUCUCCAUGGAAGUGAAAUCUGGGAUCGGACUUCGAAGAUGGAUUCGUAAAUAAUUCUUAUUAAGUGUAACUGAAGCAACCUACUUUUGAAAAUCAUCAGUUGUAUU